UACAGCUCCACGCCGCCAGGAGCAUCGCUAAACCCUUAUCACGAUGGCCAAGGACAAGGCUGCCAUUGCACCGACGAAGGGCCCCCCAGCUAUUCUCAAAGAAGCGACAACCCUUAGUCCACUGUCCCCGAUAGCACCCGACACGCCAGCCGGUCCAGGACCUGCGACAGUUCCGGCAACAACGAGCAACGGAUGCCACAUCGUCGACGUCAAAGAAAUCGUGGUCGAUCCGAGCGACCAGGCCACGGCCAUCCACGUCUGGGCGUUGGGGGUCGUGUCCGUGAUCGGAGGACAGUUCUAUGGCUGGAACGAGUCGUUCAAAGUGGGGUUUUUGCCCUACUUCAUCUCGCAACUGUUCAUGGGGGUCGCGUACGUCAUUUACGUGUCGUGCAUCGCCGAGGUCGGUGGCAAAGUGCCCGGCGGCUCGUACGGCUUGGCACGAGCCGUCCUCGGCUUCUACCCUGGGUACCUCCUCAGCUGCCUCGAAUUCCUCGAGUACACGUCGUACGCGUCCGUGUCGGUGGUAUACGUGACGGACUUUGUCACGACCCAUCUCAAGAUGAACAGCGAGUACCAGCCGCUCGUGUGGCUGCUCUUCUACGCGAUCUGCAUCGGGUUUUUGGACUCGCGCGGCAAGUACAUGUGGCGCUGCAUGCUCGUGCUGCUUGUGGCGAGCCUCUUGCCUGGCGUCCUCUUCAUCUUUGGGUCGUUGCCAUACGUGAACUUCAAGAAGAACGCAAUCCUGCACAACUUUGACAAUGGCGAAACGACGUGGGCGACCGGGACAAUCUCGACGGCGUUCUUCGCUAUCUUGCCGUCGACAACGGUCGGAUUCGCCGGCGUCGAGAGUCCGACCGUCAACACGGGCUUUGUCAAGGACCCGGCCGUGAACAUACCAAAAGGCACGCGGGCCGCCGUGUGGACGCUGCUCGCGUCCAACAUUGCGAUGGUGCUGGUUCUCGCGUCGCUGCCCCCGGGGCUCGAAAUUAUCGCGACCGACGAGUUCUGUCUCAAUCGCGGGUUGUACUUGGGCAUGGGGUUCACGUCGCGCACGGCGGAAUGGAUCUUGAUUCCAGCACAGAUCGGGACGGCGAUCGGGUUCUCCAUCCCCAUCGCGCGACUCACGCAGGCGAUGGCCGAUUCGAACUUGCUGCCGCAGUGGCUGGGUCUCCGCGGUCAGACCACGACGCGCCGGUCCUUGGUCGUCGCGUCCAUAUUCGGCUACUGCCUCUGCCUUGUCUCGUUCUACAGCCCGAUGUUCAAAAUGACGCUGCAAAACAUCUCGAUCGUCGCGGGGACGCUGUGCUAUGCCGGCCAGACACUGGGCUUUGUCAUGCUGCGCACGUCGUACAAGAUCGACACGAAGGGGUACAAGAGUCCAUACGGGCUCACCGGCGCGUACUACGUGUUUGUCGUGUUCUUCUUGGUGUUCGUGUCGAUUGCCGGGGGGUUCCAGGGCGACGACGGCAUUGCCAUCCUGUCCACGAUCGGGUUCGUCGCCGUGCUCACCGUCUACUACUUGCUCGUGUGCCAAAAGGUGCAAACUGUGUCCAAGGAAGAGUACGCGUCCAUUUUCAAGUUUAGCGUGAUGAAGUUUAACAAGCUGCGGGCGUCCAAGAAGAAGAGGACAUCCGCGACGAGUCAGUUGUCGCGUGCGUCAUUGGUUAUGACGGCAAAACAGAUCAUACCCAAGAAAUCCAAAGUGGGGACGGAGCUUCAGAUGUCUACUUAGUCAUCUAAGAUCCGUAAGUAGUCGAAAGAAUAAGCGUACACAACAAAAUUCAAGCAAUAGUGUCCAAGACAA